AUGUAUGUGAAAUGGUUUGAUACAGGAAUGUUAUACUAUGUGAUUUUAGUGAAUUUUUAGUGAAUGUCACUUUUUGUCAUUUUCAAAUUUCCCACCAGUUCCGUCCCCCGUACGUCCCGACGCUCGCAGGGGACGGAACCCAGAUGAGAGAUGCCGGCAUCAGCCGGAGGACAUUACAGGGUACACUGCAGGAGGGACAUCGCGGGAGCGCAGGACAAGGUUAGUGAAGAACAGAUCCCCGAGCAGCACUGCAGUGUAUUCCCGAGUGUAGCUCGGGGUUACCACUUGUGCUACACUCAGGAAUACCGCCAGGGAGGUUAAGCU